GGGGGCGGUGGCCAGGCGGCUCGUCCUGAGGUGGCCGCCGGGCGGCUCGCGGCGCGCGUGGGCUCGGCAGGUCGUUGAGGACCGUGCGGCCGCGGAGGGCCGGGUUCGCGCGCCUUCCGCAAGCCGACGCCAGCCGUCUCAGCCCCGCUCCCGGGUGCAGCCCCGCGCGGGGCCGGAGAUGCCCAGGAAGCUGCUGCUGCUGCCCCCGCUCUGCGUGUCCUCGGCUUUCCGCGCCCCGAGAGCCCGCCCCGCCGCGCCGCCGGCCAUGAACGCCGCUCGCACCGGCUACCGAGUCUUCUCGGCCAACUCCACGGCCGCCUGCACCGAGCUGGCCAAGCGCAUCACCGAGCGUCUUGGGGCUGAACUGGGGAAGUCUGUCGUAUACCAAGAGACCAAUGGAGAAACAAGAGUUGAAAUAAAAGAAUCCGUUCGCGGCCAAGACAUUUUCAUUAUCCAGACAAUACCCAGAGAUGUGAAUACGGCUGUGAUGGAGUUGCUGAUCAUGGCUUACGCGCUGAAGACAGCCUGUGCCAGGAAUAUCAUCGGCGUCAUCCCCUACUUCCCCUACAGCAAGCAAAGCAAGAUGAGGAAGAGGGGCUCCAUCGUGUGCAAGCUCCUGGCUUCGAUGCUGGCGAAGGCGGGUCUGACUCACAUCAUCACCAUGGAUCUUCACCAGAAGGAAAUCCAAGGCUUUUUCAGCUUCCCCGUGGACAACCUCAGGGCCUCGCCUUUCCUGCUGCAGUACAUCCAGGAGGAAAUUCCAAAUUAUAGGAAUGCAGUCAUUGUGGCUAAGUCUCCCGAUGCUGCAAAAAGGGCCCAGUCCUAUGCCGAGAGACUGCGUCUGGGUUUAGCCGUGAUCCACGGAGAAGCUCAGUGCACGGAGCUGGACAUGGACGAUGGCCGCCACUCCCCACCAAUGGUCAAAAACGCGACUGUGCACCCGGGCCUGGAGUUGCCGUUGAUGAUGGCCAAAGAGAAGCCGCCGAUCACCGUGGUCGGGGACGUCGGAGGACGCAUCGCCAUCAUAGUGGACGACAUCAUUGACGACGUGGAGAGCUUUGUGGCUGCGGCAGACAUCCUCAAGGAGCGGGGUGCUUACAAGAUCUACGUGAUGGCCACUCACGGCAUCCUGUCCGCCGACGCCCCCCGCCUCAUCGAGGAGUCCUCCGUCGACGAGGUGGUGGUGACGAACACCGUACCCCACGAGGUGCAGAAGCUGCAGUGCCCCAAGAUCAAGACGGUGGACAUCAGCCUGAUCCUUUCUGAAGCCAUCCGGAGGACCCACAACGGCGAGUCCAUGGCCUACCUGUUCAGAAACAUCACCGUGGACGACUAGCUCGCCGUGGCCCGGGGCUGCCCCGGCGGCCCGCGGGCGGCGGUGCUUCCUGGCGGGGGGCCCCGAGCCGCCGGGAUGGUCUCUGGCUGUCGUCAAGCCGACCGCACUAAGCAACUCGGCCUUAUGUUUCUGCCGUCGGCAGCCCUGGUUCCUUAAAGCAAAAGUUCGUCUCGCUUUCCUGAGAAGUCGGGCGAUCCUGCCGACGUGGGAGAGGGGUCAAGGGCAGACGAGUCCGUCUUCACUCUGCAGCCGUCACCCGGCCGUUCAGCGCGCGGCAGUGCAGGGUUGGCCGAGCGCCCCUGCCCCAGCCCCCUCCGGUCGUCCUCUCCCGGGUCGAGUCCUCGCCAGUCUUUUCUUUCAGAAGCUGCUGUGCCUACCGCCCCGGACGGCGGAGCCCUGGCGACAGCGGGGCCGGGGAAGAGCGGCGGCCCCGGGCGUCUGCGCUGCUCUCAAGCUGCAAAUAAAAGAAUCUGUUGUCUCGCUCGCCUCCCGUCUGCCCCGUGGGGCCACCUGCGCCCUGCCUCAGUGGGGACCGACUCCCGGCCAGCUGCGCUCCACGCCGCUCACAGCCCCUGGACGACCCCACUGCCGGCGCCCCCCCCUUCCCAAUAAGAUCCUGAAAAUCUGAGUCCAGGAACGUUCAGGAGUUCUUCAGGAAGCUCAUGGAAAAGGAGUAUGAUGAUAAAACGUGCGAGGAUUUCCCAAGUGUUCGCUCCAAAAUGGACUGAAACCCAUUUUUCCAUGAACUUUUGGAAGCCCCCUGCUGGAGCGAGCCCUGCUUUUCCCUGGAGGACGGCGCUCAGGGUCGUCGCCCUGCGCUGAAAGGGCACCGUGGCUCCUGUAGUUUCAUCACCCGCGGCGGGAAGCCUCCCCCCAGCAGUGGGGCCGCCUACAGCCGGUGUCGGCCGGAAUGGUCGGCUGGGGGUUCCCGUGGUUCUGUCAGCGCCCGGGGGCGGGCGGGAAACCCUGGCAUUCGUAGUCGCGUUUCUCUGUGGGGAAGUUUGCCCAAUACUGUGAUCCUGCUCCUAGUGACGAAAGUUCCCAGCCCACCGUCGAGGGAGGCUGCAGCAGCCUUUCCGAGCGCCCGUCCGUCAGGGGGAGUCGGGGGCUGGCCACCCGGGCCACGUGGCGUCGCGUGCUGCGGUCAGCCAGAGCUCGGCCGCUCCCCACCAGCUCCUGAACCAGAGCGGGCACGGCACGGUGGCCCGGGCUCCUGGGGCCCUGCCACCCACACGGGAGGCCCUCCCUCUCUUUCCCCCUGUCCAUGUGGCUGUCAAAUAAAUAAAUCUUUAUAAACAGGGAGGGGGCAGAAUCCGAGCAGAGCCGCGGCUGACAGUGUGGCGGGAGAGGAAGCGUUGUGGGCACUCGGCCGGGUGACCUGCUGUCACUGUGGCAGUGACUGGGCCUUUUGUCCGCUGUGAGAGAGCAGGGUUGGGGCUGGACACGUGUCACGGCCAGACUGUUCCACGGCCGCCUCUGCCCGUCUCCAGGGGUAGAGACUUUCAGACGCCGUAGCUUAGCGAAGUGUUUAGUAGUCCCUAGACGGGAACGUGCUGCCCUUUGCCAGCCUGUGGCUGGCGAGACGCUGAGGCCCAGGGAGGGACACAAGUUAGUGGGAGGGGCCUCGGGCAGCUGCCGUGGGCGUGGCGGGCGUGGCUGUACCCUGGGUCUGGGAGGCACUGACCGGAAGAAAGGAGAAAGCACAGCCCCGUGGCCCCCAGCACCCCCCACCCCCCGUGCCUCGCGUGGGAUCUGACAGGAGCUUCACAGAGAAGCUGGUCUUGUGAAAUGGGGCCAGUGGUGUGCCAGGCACCCGGAAUGUGGUAAAACACAAAUCCUUUCAAUUAAAUAAAAGGCACCAACUCAAACUAAA